AUGGCCUGGACCAAGUACCAGCUGUUCCUGGCCGGGCUCAUGCUCGUCACCGGCUCCAUCAACACGCUCUCCGCCAAGUGGGCUGACAACUUCGUGGCCCAGGGCUGCGGAGGAAGCCAGGAGCACAGCUUCCAGCACCCCUUCCUCCAGGCGGUGGGCAUGUUCCUGGGGGAGUUCUCCUGCCUGGCCGCCUUCUACCUGCUCCGGUGCAGAACCGCGAGGUACUCGGACGCCAGCAUGGAUCCCCAGCAGCCCUUCAACCCCCUUCUUUUCCUGGCCCCGGCCCUCUGCGACAUGACCGGGACCAGCAUCAUGUAUGUGGCCCUGAACAUGACCAGCGCCUCCAGUUUCCAGAUGCUGCGGGGAGCGGUGAUCAUCUUCACGGGCUUGUUCUCCGUGGCCUUCCUGGGGCGGAGGCUGGUGCUGAGCCAGUGGCUGGGCAUCCUCGCCACCAUCGCGGGGCUGGUGGUCGUGGGCCUGGCCGACCUCCUGAGCAAGCACGACGAUCAGCACAAGCUCAGCGAAGUGAUCACAGGGGACCUGCUCAUCAUCAUGGCCCAGAUCAUCGUCUCCAUCCAGAUGGUGCUCGAGGAGAAGUUUGUCUACAAGCACAACGUGCACCCUCUGCGGGCAGUUGGCACGGAGGGCCUCUUUGGCUUCGUGAUCCUGUCCCUGCUGCUGGUGCCCAUGUACUAUAUCCCCGCCGGCUCCUUCAGCGGGAACCCUCGGGGGGCGCUGGAGGACGCCCUGGACGCCUUCUGCCAGGUGGGCCGGCAGCCGCUCAUCGCCCUGGCGCUGCUGGGCAACAUCAGCAGCAUCGCCUUCUUCAACUUCGCGGGCAUCAGCGUCACCAAGGAGAUGAGCGCCACCACCCGCAUGGUGCUGGACAGCCUGCGGACCGUCGUCAUCUGGGCCCUAAGCCUGGCGCUGGGCUGGGAGGCUUUCCACCCGCUGCAGAUCCUCGGCUUCCUCAUCCUCCUGAUGGGCACUGCCCUCUACAACGGGCUGCACCGCCCGCUGCUGGCCCGCCUGGCCCGCAGCCGGUACCCAGCGGAGGAGGGCGAGCGAGAGCGCCUGCUGGAUCCCUCUCAGACGCUCAUCAACGAUGCCAGCUGA